UACUAUGUCAAUAGCAUUUCAACGGAAGAUGAAGAUGAGGAUGAGAUAGUGACGGAAGUGGAACAUGAAGAUGACGACAGAACGCCGGUGCUCUCACGUGAAAAUUCGAAUGUGCAAAAUAAGCCAACAACACCGACGUGGCAACGAAAAACCAGUGGAAAUGGCGAAAAAACUGACGAAGUGCAGGUCUCGUUAAUGCGUGUCCCCUCGAUCUACUCGAACACAUCACGGAAAAACGCCACCGGCAAUAAUGAAAACAUCUACAAAAGAGGCACCGAUUGGAAGCUCUGGCGAGAAGUUGGCGUUUCUCCGCCAUGUCGACGUAAAAUCGAAGGGAGUCCAGCGUCAGUCCGUCGGUCAGUGGUCACUCUUGAAGGAAGCCCUUCAUCCGAAAGAAAAUCAGCGUCGUUUGAUCCAGGCAGUCCCAUGUCAUUGCGUAAAAGCUCCACGAUUAGUACGACUCCCUCAGUGCGUUCUGAUUCUACGCUGCAAACAUCCGCGUCACCAGAUGCAAGUUGUUCGCAUGUGCCCGAAAGUCCAAUUCUGCUGCGCCGCGGGAGCUCAAGACGAGCCGAGGUGAGCUCAGUGCUGCCAAGGAAGACGACGAACUGUGCGCCUGACUCGGGAAUCCAUUUUGCUUCACCGUUGCCGGCACGACGCAAGGAAUCAGAGAAUGGCGUGGCAUAUUCGCCACUCACUCGUCGCAAAGAUUCGGACGUUAAUUCGCCUUCUCCAGUGAUA